AUGGCCAUCCACGCCGUGCUUCAGUUGCUCUUGCUCCUGCUGCUUUCUUGCAUCAACCGCAGCGCCACCACCACAGCCACGGCUCCAUUAGCAGCGCGAACUCCAAGACACCAGCAGCAGCAGGGCAUCAGGAAAUUCCCGUCUGACGAUUGUCCAACCAAGUGCGGCGACCGUGCAAUCAAGUUUCCAUUCGGCAUCGGCCCCAACUGCUCCCGGCAUACCGGCUUCGCCCUCAUCUGCGACAACACCACGCAAACUCCAAGGCUCUAUCUCAGGCACCACCUCAUGGAGGUGCUCGAUUUCAUUGAUGGCGUCGCCACGACGGUCGUAUCGGUCGUGGUCGCCAGACCACCUGCGUCCAAGUCCAUCUCCUCAUCGCCAGCCAUCUCUGCACCAACCCUCUAUACAGCUACCUUCUCUGCCACUUCACGCUCAAGCUGCUUCCUGUGUCGCUACGUGCAGGCCGCGUACUCCGCCUUGGAAUCAACAAUCACGUUGCUGCAUGUACAAACUCAAGUUUGUUCACCGAUUUUGAGUAAUUUGUGUUUCUUCUUUUCUUUUUCUUUCACAUUGCCAGGCAUAGUCGUCAACUUCUCGAUUGACAUCUCAACGAGUCGGGAUGCUGAAGUGUACAAUGCAUCAUUACAGGGCCCCUCCAGCAAUUUCGUUUUCUCUGUCCCCCAACUGCGGAUCAGACUGUGCGACUUCUUCACCUAUGUGAUUGGAAAUUCAAACAUGGCUUCAGACUUGCCGCUUUGCACUACAUGCCAUGGACAAGUCUCGGGCAACCUGUACAGCAAGACAUGCUUCUACCCAGGAGAAGAUCAUGUUGCUAAUGCCAUGCAGCUCAAGUUUGUCCCUGUCAAGGAGGGCCAGCUGGUGCAGCGCCAAAUUGCUGGGUUUGACAGUGUGAUGUAUUGGAAUAUAAAUGACAUACAGACAUGCGCCAAUGCUUCGGCAGAUGAGGCCAACUAUGCCUGCGUCAGUGAUCACAGCUCGUGCUUCGACACCUCGUACUUGCCUGGUUAUGCAUGCGCUUGCGAUCAUGGGUACAUGGGCAACCCGUAUGUACUCGCUGGCUGCUCACGUUACGUUCUACUAUGGACACAACAAAAAUUGAAAUCAAUAUUAAGGUGCGCCGCCAUUCAUGCAGAUAUCGCUAUUGGGCUUGGUGUUGGCUUCGGGCUACUACUUCUUGGCUUAAGUGCAAUGUUUAUCCGCCGUAGAUGGAGAAGAGACAUCCAAAAGAAACUGAGAAGAAAAUGUUUUGCAAAGAAUCAUGGCCUCCUUCUAGAACAAUUAAUUUCAUCGAGUGAAGAUGCAAGUGAAAGGACAAAGAUUUUCACUCUAGAAGAGUUAGAGCAGGCAACAAACAACUUUGAUCACACACGGAUCCUUGGCCGUGGAGGGCAUGGCAUGGUCUACAAAGGCAUCUUAUCUGAUCAGCAUGUGGUGGCUAUAAAGAAAUCUAAGGUCAUUGAGCAAGUUGAGAUUGAGCAAUUCAUCAAUGAGGUUGUCAUCCUUUCACAGAUUAACCACAGAAAUGUCGUAAAGCUUUAUGGCUGUUGCCUUGAAACUGAGGUCCCACUAUUAGUGUAUGAUUUUGUUCCUAAUGGUUCCUUGUUUGAAAUCCUUCAUUCUGGUCCAAGCAACGGUUUUACUUUGUCCUGGGAUGGUUGCCUAAGAAUUGCUGCACAGGCUGCAGGUGCUCUCUAUUAUCUCCACUCCGCAGCGUCCAUAUCAGUCUUCCACCGUGAUGUCAAGUCUUCUAAUAUACUCCUAGAUGCAAACUACACUGCAAAAGUUGCUGACUUUGGUGCAUCAAGAUUGGUGCAUAUAGACCAGACUCAUGUUACAACACACGUACAAGGCACAUUUGGGUACUUGGAUCCGGAGUAUUUUCGCACUGGGCAUCUAACUGAAAAGAGCGAUGUGUACAGCUUCGGUGUCAUGCUUUUAGAGCUACUUCUCAGAAGGAAGCCUGUUUUCACUGGUGAGUCAGGCUUAGCCCAGAGUUUAUCUUGUUACUUUCUUGCCGAGAUGCAGAAGAGGCCUAUAAGAGAGAUAGUCGCUGCUCAAGUUCGUGAAGAAGCAACUGAGGAAGAAAUUUUCAGUGUUGCCUCUCUUGCAGAGAAGUGCCUACGUAUCGAAGGUGAAGAAAGGCCUACGAUGAAGGAAGUAGACAUGUCUCUGCAGGUUCUGCAUAAGAAACGUUCGAUGUCAUCCCAUGUCACUCGAGAAAAUGGUAUAGCUGAAGCUGGUGUUUCAUCUCACUCGGCUAACGGAGUUGAUCCAGUCACCGCAAACAACCAAAGAUGUUAUAGCUUGGAGCGAGAGUUCAUAUCAUCUGCUAGCUUACCACGCUAA